GGAACCAUUCAGGACCUGCUGGAGCAGGAGUGCGGAGUGGUCAUCGAAGGCGUCAACAGCCCCUACCUGUACUUCGGCAUGUGGAAGACCGCCUUCGCCUGGCACACGGAGGACAUGGACCUGUACAGCAUCAACUUCCUGCACUUCGGGGAGCCCAAGACCUGGUACGCGGUGCCCCCGGAGCACGGCCGGCGCCUGGAACGCCUGGCCAAGGAGCUGUUCCCGGGCAGCUCGCGGGGCUGCGGGGCCUUCCUGCGGCACAAGGUGGCUCUGAUCUCGCCCACGGUCCUCAAGGACAACGGCAUCCCGUUCGGCCGGGUCACCCAGGAGGCUGGCGAGUUCAUGGUGACGUUCCCCUACGGCUACCACUCUGGCUUCAACCACGGCUUCAACUGUGCGGAAGCCAUCAAUUUCGCCACGCCGCGCUGGAUCGAUUUUGGCAGUGACCUGGGAAUGUGGAUUCUGCAUGAUCUUUGCUGA